AUGCACAUGAGACUUCCUGCCAGCCCUCAGCCUUGGCAAGUUCAGCAAGUCCUGUCCGCCACUCGUGCAGCCGUUGGGCCAGGCCAGUCCAUUCAGGUCAUGAACGGUGAUCGGCUUCUACUGCCGAAUGCUUACUUGCACCCUCAAACAGCUUCUUAUGUGGUCAAGGUCUGUCCAAAGAAAAGUGCCAAGAGUGCCCCUGCGCCAGUGCAAGCGCCGCCUGCUUCGUGCACAGGUUGCUCUGUUGCCUUGUUAACAACGUCUGGCACUUGCAUACACCAGUGCAGGCCCGGAGAUUCAGCCGCACAAGUCCUGCACGACCUUGGCUUGCCACCCGGCUUUGCACAAAUUUUGGGGUCGGAUGGCCAUGCAGACCUUCAUGCUCCGUUGUGCGCGGAUGCUGUCCUUGACCUCAGGCCGCCUGUUUUGACUGCUCAGACGCUGGGUGUUGUUUCUGACACCGAUCUCGAUUCUGCUCUGCAAAAGAUUCGGCGGGACUUUCUGCCUGCAGAGGUAGCGUGUUUGCCGACCAGCCUUGUCUCCGCACUUGCCGGCCUUUCUGUCGAAGAUGCCAAGCACUUCGGCUGCUACCAAGAAACCCUCCCUCUGCACUGCCGACUCCUUCUGCCAUUCGCUGCAGAUGGCCACUGGGCUUGCAUGUGUGCUCAAAUCCAGCCAGACUGCCUCUCGAUCCUCUACCUUGAUGGGGUUCCAGACAGACUCGUCGCCCAAGCACAGCAUCUUGGGCAAGUACUUGCUGUGCUCCUUGGGAGAGCCACGCACCACUUCCAAAGCCUGUCUUGGCUUGUUCAGGGCCAGCAGGCCGACUCCUGUGGAAUCAUUAUGCUGCGCCAUCUUUGUGCCUGCGUGGCUGGGCUUGGGCCUCAAGUUGAGAAUAUCGUGCAGCAGCUAUUGCAAGCCGAGUCUGCCCGUGGCCGUGUCCUUGGCUCGGGCGACCUUUCCUCCGAGCAAUUGCAGCAGCUCAAAGCCCUUCUGCAGACAAAAGGGGUCCCAUUGCACAUGCCCUGGCAGCCUGUCGCCCGCACUGCUGCUGCGCUCCAAGUUGAUCCGGCUAAGCUUCUUUUGUUGCCUGGGUCCUUUGUGGAUGCGGAUGGGUCAUCUCUGCCCCAGAUAGGUUUCAACGAGGUAGGUGCACUGACCACAGGUGUUGCCUUCUGUAACAUGAGUCAGGCAAUGCCGUUCUUGGAAUCCGGGAAGUCCUUGAGUGUUGACUCGUUGGGUCGACAGAGCAGCGCGGGUCCGCCCGUGUCUCAGCGGUUCACUUCCCCGCUAUUUAUGGGCCUACUGGAGAAGCCGUUCUGCUACGCGGUUGCACUCGACUGGACCUCCUUUGUACAAUCACCCAUACGCACCCUCGUCGUUGGCAACCCCGGUUGCAUUGAUCGCUUGCUCCUGGACCUCUGGGGCAGACAGUGGCUGAAGCUUGCGCCUCCUGAAGACGCACAAGUCUUCUCUUCGCUUGCUUGGUACGCGCCGGGUAGCGAGUUCCAGAAGAUUAAGAUUGUCGCACACUUUCAUCUUCACCCGCUGCCCUUUGGCUGCCAGCGAAAGCACCUACAAGGUGCCGCUUGGAUUGUCGGCGCUGCCGAGGACCCGCCGAGUCCUGCCAUAGCGUGCGGCGGCGCCUUUGUGUUGGUCGCACCAAGCGUUAUUCUGUACGACGAUGGUGAAGAAGUGCCCGCGAGCGCCUCCCAGGAUAUUUGGGCAGGUGGCCGUGAUCCUUGGUCCUUUGCUCGCCCACCCCCUGGCCUCGCUCCGCCUGCUGUCACUGCUGGAUCCGGCGCACAAACUAAGAUCACCCAGCUCAGGGAGGAGCUUUCUCAGGGCAUGCAAGACCUCGUGCAGAAGCACCUUGAUGCAUCCGGCAAAGCAGUCACUCAGAAGGCUGAUGCAGCUGAAGCUCGUCUCUGUCAGCUUGAGACUGGAUUUCAGGAGUUGAAGGCGCAGAACUCCAAAUUUGAAGGCUGGUUUCAGAGUUUUGGCCAAAAAGUGACAGAGUCUCACGCACGUGCUGAGACCUUGACUCAGUCGCUUCAGGCACAGGCCGGGGAAGUUGCGCAGCUUCGUGCUGAGGUUGCUCGGCAAGCCGAACAAUUGCCAGCCACGGUUCAGUCAGCAGUUAGCUCGCUUUUGGCAGAGCUUGGCGCUCAGAUGCAACAGCAGUUCCAGCAGCAGCACAGCCAACUUGAAGCACUGCUCUCCAAGAAACAACGCUCCGAGUGA